AUGCGCUCACGAACAGGCUGCCUUACAUGCCGAACGCGCAAGUUGAAAUGCGAUGAGCAGAAGCCUCAGUGCUCUCAAUGCCGAAAGGCAGGAAGAGAGUGCCGACUUAGCGAAGCUGUCGUGUUCAGACACCAGCAAAAUGCCUCGAUGAACCAGGAUGAAGGUGGAAUCGCACCCAACAGCCUGAAAGGAUUCUAUUCCUAUAAAAAUACGUUUGGCGCGGACAGUGUCUGGCUGGAUAUCCCGAAAGAAGUGGUAUUCGUCGAUAAUUCGGACCCUUACGCCGAUGAUCUAGGAGAGCAAUAUGUUGCAGACACUCCGUUAGGCACUCACGAAACAUCUACAUGGGGCCAUGAAGGAGGGUUCCAAACAUCUCCUAUGGAUGCGCAGACACAUGGUCUGGAUGCGCUUUCUGCUGCAGCAACAGCGGAGAACCAUCCCAUCUACCACUCCACCGUUGACCAUAUUGUUGAGAAUAGCAGCAGCCAUGCCAGGCUAGGAAACACAGAGCAUCCCCCACAGCCAGACCCAUCGAAUUCAUCCCCAAAUAACGCGAAGACUCCAACAGCAGUUCCUCCGGGGUCUCCGUCUUUACCGCUAUCUUCGCCUAAUAACAACAUUAAUUUCAUUUUGAACCCAUUAUCAAAUGUUAUACCACAGCCAAUAGACCCUGAUAUUCAAUUCCCUGAAAACCGAAGAGUGUGUUCUGGUACAUCCGCUUCUUUGGCAUCUCAAGGUUUAACCCAAGAGACAAGAGUUGCUAGAAUCGAGACCGAGCAUGAAACUGCAUUUUUACUUCGACAUUUCUCGGAAGGUCCUGGACAGUGGAUGGAUCUGUUUGAUAUAGGAAAAUACUUUGGUGCUUAUGUGCCAGUGAAAGCCCUUACUAAUCCACUAUUAAAAUGUGCUGCUUGUGCCUGUGCUGCAAAACAGCUUGCUAGCGUUAACGGGACUAAAGCCAUAGUUGGAGGGCAUGAUGAGCAAUUGCCAGCGCUAUCUGUGUCGGAGGAUUAUAGACAUUGGCAGGCAGGAGAACUCGGUGAUUCACUAGGCAACACUAACAAGGGGCGAAAGCUAUCUGGUGCAUACUCUGAUGAAGUCCUUGCAGCUACUGCCAUUCUUUCAGUAUACGAAUUUCUAGAUGCAACCGGUCCAGCGUGGGAACGACACUUGUGUGGCAUAAAAUCACUGCUAGAUAUCACCAAGGCUGGGAUGAUAUUCCCUGAAAUACAAGAUUUGCCAGAAAGUGCAGCCGCUCCGGCCACAAAAAGGCCUCGAUUUUCGGAGGCAAGGAAAGCAAUCUUCUGGAAUUUUGCACGUCAGGACUAUCUUUCGGCUUUUAUUAAUGAAGGUCAAACCAGGCUUAACUCAAGUGAUCUAGCAUUAUGGACGGAAGCGGGCAUCCUUCUCGAUAAUGCAGGGUGUGUUCAACAAAGCAACACCACUGAGCCAAGAUACCAGAACAAUAAUAUCAUGAGGGAAGAUAUGAUAUCGAAUUCAUUAAUAUGGAUUCUUUCGAAAAUUGUGGAUUUCAUAGCCAUGGGAGAUGACAUAAAUACAGGUGAAAGUUCCCCGACCGGGAUAUCCCAGCACACUCUCCUUGAUAGAUGGCACCAACUUCAAGCUGAACUUGAUGGAUGGUAUAAAAGGCUACCCGAUACCUUCACGCCCUGCGCAAGAAUUGAGUCGUCCCAGCCAGCGCCAAAUCAAAAUCCUACAGAUUCACAGGAUGCCUUCCCAUUCCCCGAAAUCUGGUAUAGUAUCCCAAUGUGCGCAUCAACGAUGCAACAUUAUCAUAUGGCCUGCAUCUUGCUACUUAUCAAUAAACCACACAAGUCGACUGCACGAAGAAGCACUGUUACAGACGGAUUAAAUUUCUAUCGAUCAAUUGAGAACGAUAUUCAGAACCAUAGCCGUGAGAUCUGUGGGAUAUCUAUGGCCCGGCCUGAGGCAUCGGUACGCGUUCAUUCCGUACAGCCAUUGUUUAUAAGCGGCCAGUGCUUGACCAGUGCUCCGGAGCGGAGGACUAUUCUAGAAAUUCUUUGUGGAAUCGAGGAAGACCUCGGGUGGGCAACCAAAUACCGUGUCCAGCAACUAUUAAAGGAGUGGGAAUGGGAUGAAGCAGCCGUUGACUCUCUCCCAGGAUCAUAA